GGGGGUAGAGCAAAAGUCAGUGGCAGUGUGGAGGUCUUUGAGUCACUGGGCCCAGUCUGUCAACAGGUGGCAGAGGGAGAGUGACGCUCAUUUCUUCACAAGAAAGAGAGAAAGAAGGUAGAGGAGGAGAAAACUUGAGAAAACCCUCAAGGUCCUACAGCCAUGACCACUAGACUCCUGUGGAGGGCCCUGUGCCUGUUGGCGCUACACUGCACCAUCUCACUCUUCAGCUACGCCGACAACCUCUCAGAAGCCUCAGAGCAGGGAGUCACCUUCAGCCAUGUCUAUAAAAUUGACAUCCCUGGGAGCUCUAACUGUAAAGUGGAACAACUGCCAACCCAGGAUGACACAGGUCUACAGACAGAUCCCAGUGCAAAAGGAGAGAAUGAUAUCGUCUUCAGACACAACAUCAGGCUACAGACACCCAAGUGUGACUGUGCGGAGUCUGAAAGCUUCCUGUCUUUGUUGUACAGAGUCAAUGGGCUGGAGGAAGAAGUUAACUACCUAAAGACCCAGUGUGCUCAGGGCUUGUGUGGAAAAAGUUGUGCUGCAGGUGCGGACACAAGCUGCAGUGGUCAUGGCAUCUACCAACACGACACCUGCAGUUGCCUCUGUUAUCCAGGAUGGGAGGGCCCCGAUUGCUCGGUGUCCUCCUGUCCAGAUGAGUGCAAUGACAACGGCCGAUGUGUGGGCGGGAAGUGUGUGUGUCACCAAGGCUACGCGGGAGACGACUGCAGCCAGAUCACGUGUCCAGACAAUUGCAAUGACAAGGGACACUGCGUGGAUGGAAAAUGUGUGUGUUUCCCACACUUCACUGGUGAGGACUGCAGCAUACCCAAGUGUCCCAACGACUGCAUCGGUAACGGCCAGUGUGUUAAUGGCCAGUGCAUCUGUGAUGAAGGCUUUUAUGGAGAGGACUGUUCUUUAGUCUUUGGCCCUCAGGGACUGCGAGUGGUCCAGGUCACUGAUGUCUCUCUCCUGGUUGAGUGGAAGUCUGUUCGUGGCGCAGAAUAUUACGUUCUGACAUAUCAUCCCAAGGGUGACACGAGUGCCUCAGAGCUGGUUCGGAUCCCCAACACAGAGAACUCCCACCUGAUCACAGGUCUGACUCCUGGAGUCACCUACAUCGCCCAGGUGUACGCUGUCAUCAAAGAAAUCCAAAGUGAAGCAGACAAGAUUGAGGCUACCACAGGUGUUUCUGCUAUCGAUGAUGUUCAGGUUCUUGGCCAGACGGAAGUCUCUAUCCAGGUGGACUGGAGGAACCCACCAGGAGACGUGGAUCACUUCAGGCUCACACACAUGGACCCAGAGGGACAGGAGGAGGAGCUGAACGUGCAAAGUAGCCAGGAGGCUCGCACUAAGCACACUAUUGUGGGUCUGUACCCAGGAACAGAAUACCUGAUCUCAGUGCAGGCCAUCAAAGGAACAACGGAGGGGAAACCAUCCUCUAUCACUGGUGCCACAGACUUUGAUGCUCCAACAAACCUUAUCACCACUGAGGUAACAGAGGACACUGUGACAGUCUCAUGGGAUCGAGUCCAGGCAGAAAUUGAGGGCUACAUGCUGAGCUACACCUCAGCUGCAGGCUCCAGUUCAGAGAUAUUUGUCGGCCGUGAUAGUACUUCAUACAGGCUGAUUGGAUUAAAGCCUGGAGUUCUCCACAAAGUCUACAUCUGGGCCUUCAAGGGAGACAAAGUCAGCAGGAAGAGUUCAACAGAAGCUGAAACAGAGCUGGAUGCCCCUACUAACGCCUUGGCCCAUGAUGAGACAGAGUCCAGUUUCAGGGUGUCCUGGGAUCAUGCUUGGGCAGACAUUGAUGGCUAUGUGCUAAGCUACAGCUCUUCUGAGGGUUCGAGGGCAGAAAUCCCACUGGGACCUGACAGUUCUUCUUACACGCUGACUGGCCUGAAACCAGGAGUUCUCUACACCGUCCCCAUCUGGGCCAUCAAGGGUGACAAAGUCAGCAGGAAAAUCUCAACACAAGCUGAGACAGAAUUGGAUGCUCCUGCUAACCUCUUAGCCCAGGAUGAGACAGAGUCCAGUUUCAGCCUGUCAUGGGAUCCGGUCCAGGCACAAAUUGAUGGCUACAUCCUCGCCUACAGCUCUUCUCAGGGCUCUAGUGUGGAAAUACCUGUGGGGCCUGACAGGACAUCUUACAGUGUGACUGGCUUAAGGCCAGGAGACCUCUACACUGUGUACAUCUGGGCCAUCAAGGGGAACAAAGCUAGCAAGAAGACCUCGACGCAAGCACAGACAGAACUGGAUGCUCCUUCUAACCUCUUAGCUCGAGAUGAAACAGAGUCCAGCUUCAGAGUGUCCUGGGAUCCCGUCCAGGCAGAAAUUGAUGGCUACAUCUUAACCUACAGCUCCUCUGAAGACUCUAGUGAAGAAAUCCCAGUCGGGUCUGACAGCACCUCUUAUACGCUGACUGGCCUGAGGCCUGCAGUUCUCUACACUGUCUACAUCUGGGCUUUUAAGGGAGAAAAAGCCAGCAAGAAGAUCUCUACAAAAGCUGAGACAGAUAUUGAUGCUCCCAAAGACCUGAAGGCUACUGGUGUGCAAGUGGAGUCUGCUUUAUUGACGUGGAUCGCUCCUCUGGCUGACAUCGAUGGUUACAUCCUCACAUACAGAGACGAGGAUGGCAACAUGGAGAGUGUCGAAACGCAGCUUCGAGCCAGUGAGAGCACGUUUGCCGUUUCCAGUCUGGAGACUGGCAAACGCUACAUUGUGAGCAUCAUCGCUUAUCGAGGCAACAAAAGGAGCAAAGUCGCCGAGACCCUCUUCAAAACAGUUGGCGUCCUCUACCCAUUCCCCAUGGACUGCAUGCAGAUCAUGAAGAAUGGCAACAAGAAGAGCGGCAUCUACACCGUUUACAUUAACAAUGACCGCUCCAAACCAGUAGAGGCUUACUGUGACAUGGACACUGAUGGAGGUGGCUGGCUGGUGCUCCAGCGCCGCACCACUGGCAAGCUGGACUUCAUGAAGCGCUGGAGGCAGUACAUUGCAGGUUUUGGCAACAUGACAGAUGAGUUCUGGAUCGGUCUGGAUAAAAUAUAUGAGCUCACGAACACUCCCACUCAAUAUGAGGUGCGGUUUGACUUGGGCCUGGGCUCAGAGAGGGCCUAUGCUGUUUAUGACAACUUUAGGAUUGCUUCGGUCAGGCAGAAGUUCAAACUCACUAUUGGAAAAUACAGCGGGACAGCAGGUGAUGCUAUGACCUACCAUCAAGACCGAUCCUGGACUACUAUUGACUCAGAUAAUGACUUGGCUCUGGGGAACUGUGCCCUGACUCACCGCGGUGCCUGGUGGUACAAAAACUGUCACCUGGCCAACCUGAACGGCAAAUGGGGCGACAACAGGCACAGUUUGGGCGUGAAUUGGGAGCCAUGGAAGGGCCAUCUGACGACCCUCGACUUCACAGAGAUGAAGAUCCGACCUGUGGGAGCCUUGUCCAGCAGGAAGAGGCGAUCAUUGUUGGCCAGAGAGAAAAGCAGAAGUAUGAACCUCAAAAAGAAUUAGAACAGUAGUUUCUUGUGAAACCACAACAGCUGUCUUUAGCCACAUUAACCUGCCAUCACACUAGACUGGAAUAAAUCUACUCUUUUUAACGUAGCUUUGGUUCAGUGCUCACACAGGAUCCCCUCUGGUCUUCAUGCCUCUCAACAGUAUGCACACCUUUUCAUUGGGUGUGGGGCAUUGACUUGCAAAUAACAUUCGGGUUCAGUGUGCCUGUGGGGAGACGGCAAAUGUGAAACGUCCUUUGAGUUGAUAUGAAGUGAACAUGUAUUUUUUAGAGAAACAAGUCCUGUUUUGCUGAUCCUGAUUCAAACAUCAAGCAUAAAUCAGGAAACACAGCCCAGGACAUUUGUAUUAUAUUUGUUAGUAUUUGUUGAAAUCAUGUUUUUUUUUUGAAUAAUGUGUGUAGCAACUUAGCCUGUGUAUAAGAGUAUUGUCCUAGUAACAUAAAUAUUUGAAACAGUA